AAAACUUUCGCUACAUUUGUAAAGGCAGGCUCGCUCAAAGCUCAAGCUUGAGUCACAGCCGCCGCCGCCACCUCGCCUGUCCAGCGCCGGCUCGCCGUCUAGGAGCCACCUCGCCCGGCCGCCGUCCAGGUGCCCGCCGUUCAACGCGCCGGCGAGGACUCCGCCGCGCCUUCUCAUCGCCGUCCAGGGCUAGAAAACAGAGGACGAUGGUAGGGCUCUCGGAAGGGGAGAAGCAUUUCAUCCGCGGCGGCAUUGCGCAGGACAUUCGUACCGAUGGCCGUAGGCGGCUGCAGUUCCGGGCCCUCUCCGUCGAGACCGGAGUCAUCCCACAGGCGAAUGGUUCGGCGCGUGUCAGAUUGGGGGCCACUGAAAUCAUCGCUAGUGUCAAGGCUGAAUUGGGGAAACCAAGUAUUCUUCACCCUGACAAAGGAAAAGUUUCCAUUUUUGUUGACUGUAGUCCAACUGCUGAGCCUAUGUUUGAGGGUAGGGGAUCUGAAGAAUUGUCUGCUGAGCUAUCUGUUGCCCUGCAAAGAUGCUUGCUAGGUGGUAAAAGUGGUGCAGGCGCUGCAAUUGAUCUGUCAUCCCUAAUUGUUGUUGAGGGAAAGGUCUGCUGGGAUCUGUACAUUGAUGGACUUGUUGUCAGUUCAGACGGUAAUUUGCUCGACACACUAGCUGCUGCAAUAAAGGUUGCUUUGAGUGAUACAGGUAUUCCAAAAGUUAAUGUUUCUCUUAGUGCUGCAUCUAAUGAGGAACCUGAGGUUGAUGUAAGUGAUGAGGAAUUUCUGCAAUUCGACACCUCCAGUGUGCCUGUUAUUGUUACACUAACCAAGGUGGGUCGGCAAUACAUUGUUGAUGCUACCUCAGAGGAAGAAUCCCAGAUGAGUUCUGCGGUGUCAGUAUCGGUUAAUCGGCACGGUCACAUAUGUGGGGUAACCAAGAGGGGAGGUACAGGGCUGGAUCCAAGCGUCAUAUUUGAUAUGAUAUCUGUCGCCAAGCAUGUAAGCCAGCAGUUCAUCUCUCACUUGGAUUCAGAGAUAGCAGCUGCUGAAGCCGCUGAAUGAGGAAAGAAAAUAGCAGAGAAGUUCUUAUUACUAACUGCCCCUACGCUCGCAAAUGCAUGUAUUUUUACAAUCUUGUGAAGUGUUCAAUCUUACUGUAGCAUGUUGCCGUGGGUAAGGAAUAUCAACUGAUUUGCAAAGUUUUGGUGUUAUGGAGAAUGUCAUGUGGAUA